UGUGUUCGCAGCCAAAAUGAUCGAUAAACAGGUAGGGCCCGUGAAGAAUAUGAAUCUCCGAGACAGACGGUAGAGAUGAGAAAAACGAGCUUGUGAAUUGGACAAGGCGCAGGGUACGAAAACGCUACCAUUAUCAUCUCUUCCAAAAGCCAUCGAAGACGAACCUUUGACGUUUCUAUUAUAAACUCCAUCUUCCUUCCUCACUAAUUCCGCGUUCGCUCCUUUCCACAACACCACUCUUCUUUUUCUUCUUCUUCAAUAAUGGCAAGCAGAGAAGCUGCAAAGAAUCACCUGUCCUCCGGGGACUCCGAAUUCGAGGACUUGCUUCCAGUUAUGGCGGAGAAGCUGGACGUGGAGGCCUUUGUUUCAGAACUGUGUGCAGGGUUCAAGCUUCUAUCGGACCCAGAAACGGGUCUGAUCACCGGCGAGAGUCUGAGGAGGAACUCUGCACUUCUGGGGAUGGAAGGGAUGAACAGGGAAGAAGCGGAGGAGAUGAUAAGGCAAGGAGAUCUUGACGGAGAUGGGAAGCUUAAUCAAACUGAGUUUUGUAUUCUGAUGGUGAGGCUUAGCCCUGGGAUGAUGCAGGAUGCUGAAGCUUGGCUUGAAAAAGCACUUGACCAAGAACUCGCCAAGUCUCAAUCUUAAGUUAAGACGCUCUUUUGUCAAUCAAUUGUAAGUCUUGUAAUAUGAUCAUUCCAACUUUAAACCUUGAUGAUGAAGAUGAAACAGUCCUCCGUUUUAUUAAAUUUUAUUUCAUUUGAAUUC